CACACCCACCCCCACACCCGCCCCCCCACCCACACCCACACCCACACCCAGGUACAGGUACUGGUGCAGUGGCAGGUGCUGUUGGGGGUAAGUUAUCUGUUAACUAUAGCUGUGGUGAUUUCCGGUUCUUUUCUUUUCUGAGUGCAUUGCUGACGCGUGGUCCACAGAAUAGAGGCUUCAUUAAAUUCGAGGGAGAAAGAGCUGAAAAUAAGAGGUGCACGACCUAGAAUUUGUGUCGGUUGUUUCAGGUGCAGCCACCGGCGCGGCUUCUGCUGGCGCAAUGACGUCUAUUGCGGCUUGUGUUCUUACAGGCCCCGUUGGUUGGGUUAUUCUUGGUGCAGAAGAAGAACAAUCGCCUGGCGUUUACACAUGUGAUUGUUGGAAACCGGUUUUACAUGAUGAUUCACCUGAACCAUCAAAUGAAAAAUUGUUGAGAGACGUCGUCUUGGAUCCACGUGUCAAACAAGUGACAACAAGCAACAACAAUGGCGAUCUUCCGAAUUUGAUUUUAAAAAAUGUAUGGGGUGAACAAUUUCGUGUUGAGUAUGUUUGUUUGGGUUCUAGUAAUCAAUUAGCUGCUCAUGCUAUUAAAAUAGUGAACAUAAAGCGUAUCUUGUUCGUCUGUUUUGAAACGGUUGUUGUAACUGGAGCUAUCGUUGCCAUCCCAGCAGCCAAUGGAGUGCUUGCAACAGGUGCUGCCGCUGGCGCGAUUAGUGGUGCAGUACUUGGCGGUAAUAAUGCAGCAAUUACAACGGUACCAACUGUAACAACAGUGGCUGCAGCAUCGGCAGUGGGAGGAGCUGCUAGCGCAAUGAUGGGUUCGGUUGCCGCCACGAAAGUUGGUGCAGUAGGAACUGGUGUAGUUCAAGGGGCGGCAGUGGCUUCAAUCACUGGUUUUGGAACUGGUGCAGGAGUCGCAUCAGCCAUUUGUGGAGCUGCCAGCUUGGCACCUGGCAUGCUUACAAGUCCAGUUGGUUGGUGCGUUCUUGGUGCAACAGAAGCAGAAUCAUCAGGUGUUUACACGUUUGAUUGUUGGAAACAAAUUUUGCACGAUGACUCUUGUGAACCAUCAAACGGAAGAUUUUUGAGAGACGUCGUCAUCGAUCCACGUAUAAAGCAAGUCACAACAGCAACGAACAGUAACAAUGCGGAUCUACCGAAUUUGGUUUUAAAAAAUAUAUGGGAUGAACACUUCCGUAUUGAAUACGUUUAUUUGAAAUCGAUUAAUCUAUUGGCUGCCCAUGCUGUUAAAAUUUAA